AUGCAGGCUCUGCGUCCACUGACCAAUUUGGCUGCCCGCAAUGGCGCCUUUUUUGCCCGCAGCUACCAUGGCCCGAGCAACUUCCGGGUGUUCACCAUGAACGAAAUACCCGUUCCGGAAGGUGACUUCUUCGAGCAACACCGCCGCAAGAAACGUACUUACAAUGCUGUGCUGGCCGCUUGGCUGGCCGCCAGAAUCAUCAUCUUUGGAAUCACCGCUACGCUUGCCAAGGAAUCCGGACUGAUCAACCGGAACCAUCCAGCUUUCUCGGUCGCAACCAAAAGACAUGAUACAAUGAAGCCCAAAUAUAGCGCUGGGGAUUUGGAAAAAGUCGUUGAAGCAUUGCGCAAUGGCCAGCAUUCCGGAAAGCUGUGGGCGCUUUUGGUAUACCGAAGACCACUGUCAGAGAUGCUGUUAUAA